UAAUUAUAUAAGUUUAGAACUUUUCUUGGGCAUGGCCCAGCUCUUGACUUCUUGUACCUUGAAGAGUAAAAACACAUGGCAUCUUCUGGGAAAUUUCUUGAGCUUUUUGUCUUUUGUUUUUACUUUUAUGUUCACCCACUCAUAUACUGUUUUGUCACGCGGAAUACCCAGCCGUCCAAGCCAGAUGAUACAGGAAACAGAGGAAGCCAUUGGAUGACGCGGCUGAAGAAACCCUACAAGUACAGAAAUUACAGAGAGGAAAAGAUCAAUCGAGAAAUUGUAAGAAGAAGAGGAAGAAAAGACCAGCUCAACCUCAUGCCAUGCCGAUCUCGGAUGUGGCCUCUUUGGUUGGAGGUGCUGCUCUGGGAGCUCCUGUCUCUACUAUUUUUAAUCUGCUGUUUGAACAGGUCAAGAAUGUGACGGACUUCAAACCCAUCUCCAAGGAUCUCUUAUCAACCUUGGAGAGACUGGCCCCGAUUAUCAGCGUUAUCGAUUCGAUGCAAGUGCAACAAGGAUCGGGCCCAGAACUAAAGUUUCUGCUCAAAACGAUGGAAAGAGCUGAGGACAUGGUUAGUAAGUGUUCACGCGUCCAGUGGUACAGUAUUGGCGAGAAAGCUUGGUAUACCAUGAAAAUAAAAGGAAUUAAUCAGGAUCUUCUCAGGUUUUGUCAGCUUGAUUUACAGUUUAUUCUACAUAGGAACCAGUUGCAUUCUAUGCAUUCCAUGUCAAGCCUGACUACGAAAAUUGAUAUAUUGAGUGAGACCGUUAAGGGCGGAUCAUCUGCGGAGGAGCUUUUUGUAGUACCGCAGCCUGAAACAGUUACCAUAUUUUGGUUGCUCCGGCCAUUGAGGGAGCUAAAGAAGAUGCUACUUGAAGACCAAGUGGUUAGUGUCGUAGUUUCUGCUCCUUCUGCCUGCGGGAAGACCAUGUUGGUUACAAAGCUCUGCCAUGAUGCGGAUGUUAAAGGAAAGUUUAAGCAGAUCUUCUUUAUCACUGUAUCAAAAGCCCCCAACAUAAGGUUCAUCCUACAUAGGUUUCUCCAGCACACAGGUCGUGAAGCAAAGGAAUUUGCGGACAACUUGGAUGCAACGCACUGCAUUCAACAGUUGCUUCAGCAACUCGGGGAGAACGGGCCUAUUUUGUUGGUUUUAGAUGAUGUUUGGCCUGAGGAUGAGUCCUUGCUUGAUACGUUUCUGAUUCAGUUACCAGAUUACAAGAUUUUGGUGACUUCUCGGUUGGAGUUCCUGCGUUUUGGUCCCACUUAUUAUUUGGAACCCUUGAUAGAUGAAGAUGUCAAGAAUCUUUUCAAGGGCUGCACAUCGCACCCCAAUUGUCGAGCGUGCGCUAAGCAUAACGAUCUUCUCCUAAAGAUAGGGGACCGUUGCAGUUUUUUAUUACCUGCAGCGAACCCUUCUUGCAGUAGUAGCAUAUGUUACGGUUGCAACUGUGAGAUUGAACAUGAAAGACCUGUGAAUGUCUUGGGUGUUCUUUGGCAUCGUGAAUGUUUCUGUUGUGAUGCUUGCCACAAACCAAUUGCUAUCCACGAGGUUAAAAACCAUGUUUCAAACUCAAGAGGCAAGUUCCACAAAAGCUGCUACCACCGGUACUGCUAUGUCUGCCAAGAGAAAGUGAAGAUGAGAAAACUCCAUCAGCAUCAUUUCUGGGAGGAGAGGUACUGCCCUGCUCAUGAAUCUGAUGGAACUCCCAAGUGCUACAGUUGCGAGAGGUUAGAGCCUGGGGGAACGAACUAUGUACUGCAUGGUGAUGGUCGGUGGCUAUGUCUAGAAUGUAUGGAAUCUGCGGUUAUGGAUACUGACGAGGCCCAGGAACUGCACAUGGAUAUCCGUGACUUCUUUGAAGGCUUAAACAUGAAGAUUGAAAAAGAAUUUCCUCUUCUUUUGGUGGAGAAAGAAGCGCUAUAUAAAGCUGCUGAGGAAGAGAAGAUUGACUAUCAGCAUGGGGUGGAAACCAGAGGUAUUUGCCUGAGUAGAAACCAGAUUGUCAAAAGUGUCUCAAAAGGGACCCGGACGGGGCGGAGCAAUCAGCUGAUUGGCCUGGUUACUGAAUCCGAAUGGGUUGUUAGGGAGUGCGAGGUCACUGCAAUUCUCAUCUUAUACGAACUUCCUAGGUUAAUGACAGGAUAUAUAUUGGCUCGCGAGAUGAUGCGUGCUUAUCUCAGACUCAAGGGAUAUAGGAAUCUGAACAAAGUUAUGGAAGAAGGAAUAUGCCAAGUGCUGGGUCAUAUGUGGUUGGAGUCUCAGACAUACGCCUCCACUGACGCAUCAAAGGAAGGAGGGAGCGGUGGUUUCGAGAGAGAGCUGGUGGAGUUUUUGAAGAAUAAGAUAGAAACAGAUGAUUCACCUGUCUACGGCCUGGGGUUCAGAAAAGUUAACCAUAUGGUUACCAAUUCCAGUCUCAAGGAAACCCUCAAAGAGAUUCGUCGCUGGGGUUGAAGAAGAUCCCAGUUUUAAACCUGCCAUCAUCACUUGUCCGGUUGUCCCCUUUCCGUUUUUUUACGUGUCCCCUUUGUUGGAGCAAAUCCAAAGCCGAGAAUAAAGGAGACGUUGGAGUAGUUUGUUUUGAUUAAGUCUUGUUCUUUGUUUUGGUUAUAAUAAAGACCGAGUCUUAUGGUCUUAGUCGUUAGCUUAAGUUUAGCUCUACGUUGAGCUUUUCUGUUGAAGUUUGUAAGGCUAUAUAUAGCCAUUGAUCAUCAUUCAAUAAAGGCAGAGUAUUUG